CGCAAACUUCGCUUCAGUUUGUUUAUAGUUUUUUUUUCUUAUCUGGAUUGUUGAUAUUUCUUAUAUUUAGUCUGACUUUUCGUUUGGCUUUACCUCUUUACUUUAAGAUUUUUAUACCUGUGGACUGUUAAUUCAAAGAAAUUUGCAACCAUGCAUAAGUGUUUGGGAAUCACAAGAACUAUUAGUAGAUCUUUCACAUCCCUGCCAAAUUUUUUCAAAAUUUCUGAAGAAGUUACUGAAAGUUUAUCAUCUAAUAAACCUAUAGUGGCUUUAGAAAGUACAGUGAUAACUCAUGGGUUACCAUUUCCAGAAAAUGUCAAAACAGCUACAAAGGUAGAAGAAAUUGUGAGACAAAACAAUGCAAUACCUGCUACAAUAGGCAUUUUGAAUGGCAAAGUUUACAUAGGUAUGAAUCCUACAGAAAUGACUUCAUUAGCUUUGAAUAAAAAUGUUCUGAAAGUUUCUAGACGAGAUCUACCAUAUCUUAUCAGCCAGUGUUUAAGUGGUGGAACAACUGUUGCUGCAACAAUGGCUCUCGCCUAUAGAUCAGGAAUAUCUGUAUUUGCUACUGGAGGCAUAGGUGGUGUUCAUAGAGGUGGUGAAACAAGUAUGGACGUGAGUGCAGACCUUUGUGAGCUCUCUAGGACACCAAUUGCUGUUGUUUCAGCAGGUGUGAAAUCUAUUUUGGAUAUUGGUCGGACUUUGGAAUAUCUGGAAACACUCGGCGUUUGCGUUGCCGCUUUUGGAGCUUCGAAAGACUUCCCUGCAUUCUUUACGCCUAAAAGUAAUUUUAAAGCGCCUUGCAAUGUCGAGUCAUACGAAGAAGCCGCUCGUUUGAUAGAUUCGAGAAAUCAGCUUCAGUUGGAAAGUGGGAUUCUCAUAGCUGUCCCAAUCCCCGAAGAAUAUCACGAACAAGGCCUUCAAACAGAAUCUGUGAUUGAAGAAGCUUUGAAUGAAGCUAGGGAAAGGAAUAUCCUAGGGAGAGACGUGACGCCUUUUGUUUUGAAAAGAAUCCAAGAACUGAGUGGCGGUGCUGCUUUGGAAGCCAAUAUUGGAUUAUUGCAGAACAAUGCACGAGUUGGUGCACAAAUUGCUGUUGCUUUAAAUCAUCUGAACAGUUCUCGAUCUGGACCGAUUUCUUCAAGGACACUGAGGUCACCUGUGAAACAAGAGGCAAGGAACGUAUUCUCCUCUCCUUCUGGAAGACCGGUCGUUAUUGGAGGGUCUAUUUUAGACAUACAUGUAAAGACCCUUGAAGAUGUAAAGAUGGAUGGUCGCACUUUGGCUGGAAAAGUGGAGAGUACAGCGGGUGGCGUUGGUCGCAAUGUGGCAGACUGUCUGGCUAGACUGCAACUGAAUCCCUUUUUUGUAUCCAGUGUGGGUGCCCAGGAACAUGCUCAAGCCCUUUUAAGUAAAAUGAAUCACAUGGAUACGAGCGGCAUAAAGAUAGUGGCAGAUGCUAGAACGGCCACCUGCAUCGUCCUCCUGGACCAUUGUGGAGAGUGCCUCUUUGUGAUCGGAGAUAUGGACAUCCAUGACUCACUCGUUCCGGAACAGGUAGAAGCUCACCGAUCCAUCAUGUCUGCAGCACCUUUGGUUGUAAUUGAUGGCAACAUCCCCCUAAAAAGUUUGGACCGUAUUUUUCAUCUGUGCUCAGAAAAUCGGAUUCCUGUUUGGUUCGAACCGACGGAUCUCAGUCGAGCCAUGCGACCUUUCCAAGCAUCAGCCAAGUGGCGAUCAGCUUUGGCGUAUGCGUCGCCAAAUAUUAAUGAGCUUAGAGUGAUGCAUAAUGCCGUGUUUGGUACAGAUUUCCAGCUCUCUGAAGUUCUCGGAGACGAUUUGGAAGGCAUUUUAAAUGAGUGUCUGACACUGGGCAUUCCACUUCUUGAUCAUUCUCUGCACACAUUGGUGGUAACUCUUGGACCCUAUGGUGCUCUUCUAAUUACGAAGCUUUGCUCAGAAUCCCUUUUCCCGAUUGGACAGGAAUCUAUUCCAAAGGGCAAACCUAGAGCUAUAUAUUAUCCUACACCCAAACCAGAAAAAAUAGUAAGCGUAUCAGGAGCAGGUGAUUGUUUUGCCGCUGGUAUGAUUGGGAGCAUCUUGAAAGGUCUACAGCAAGAGGAAUGCAUCCGAUCGGGACAGAAAGCGGCGCUUCUUUCCCUGGCCUCCCACUUCGCCGUACCUAAUUCCAUCUCCCCAAAAGCUGUUUUUACUUCAGAGAACUUGGAGCCCUUGAAUCCAAUCUCAGUGGUAGCUUGAAUCGAAUCAUUUGCAUUCCAUCCUAGAUAUGAAUACCCAAAGACGUCUAUUUUAUUAACCUAUUUUGUACCCUACGUUUUGAAAUAAAACAAGCAUCUUUUUCGA